AUUUUGAUUAUUUGAUCUGGGAACGAAACUCCCGAGUCUCAUUCUGUCUGAUUUGGAGAAUCUGAUUUUGCCCGGAAAAUCCCAUCCGAAGAAAAUGCACGAUUUCUGCUUCACGAUUCCGUAUGGGUUGCUCUUGGUGGGUGGAGGACUCUUCGGAUAUUUCAGAAAGGGAAGCAUUGCUUCUCUGGGUGGAGGCGUAGGUACUGGUUUGUUGCUCAUCAUCGCUGGUUAUCUGAGUCUCAAAGCCUUUGAAAAGAGAAAGAACUCGUACUUUGCUUUGAUUCUUGAGACGGUUUGCGCAGCUAUACUCACUUGGGUCAUGGGACAGCGUUACCUGCAAACUUCAAAGUUCAUGCCUGCUGGUCUUGUUGCAGGGAUAAGUGCUCUCAUGACUGGGUUUUAUCUGUUCAAACUGGCAACUGGCGGCAACCAUCUCCCUGCCAAGUCCGAAUAACUAGCUCCUCUUUCUGUGAUCUACAUAACAGUAUUUGCAUUAUUGUUGGCAUCGGUGUGGAACUUGAGAUUGUUGUUUGCUUACUUGUCCUUACACGUAUAAAGUAACUUAUUAGUUGUUCACUCACUUGGCUAGACCAUGACCAUUAUUACUUGAGUUUAGAUCCAUAGGCAGGUCCUAUAUGAAAUACGCAUAAGCAAUUUUAGACGUGAGUCCCAUGAUAAUGGAUCUGAUAUGGUUCUGCUUGUCUGUGAUAUUUUCUUUAAGGAUUUUCUACACGAGAGCUGAUACCCUUUAAGGAGAUUCUCGUCUCCAUUUUCCUCUUAAUAUAUCAUUGAGGUUGCGUGGAAUAUAAGACGAUUGAUUUUGAUUUCAAUUUCAUUUCUUAGCACUGAUGUAAAAAUCUGUGCUAAUCA